AAGAGAUAGAAGGAAAUAAAUAUAAGAAGUUGGGGAGGAAGAAAGAACACAAAAAUGACAAAAGAAAGACAGAAAAAGGAAAGAUUACAAAAGAAAAAGAAAGAACAGAAUAGAACAGAAAAAGAGUGAGAUUGAGAUCCAGAGUGGCUGCUGAGAAAAAGUAUAAAAAUGGCUUGAGGGGGAUUUCCUCUGAAAGAGAAAGCCUUUCUCCUCCCCCUUUCAGUCUCUCUCCCUCUUACAGACACACACACAUGCAUACACACACACUCCCCCUUCUCUCUCUCUCUCUCUCUCCUUCCAAUUGUCUGUGUGGACAGAAAGCAGGCAAGCAGGCAGUGGAGCAACAGGCUGUCUAACGCUCAGAGCCUGCCACUCUUAGCUCUGAGGCUACUUGUGAAAACUCUCACCAGGAUGGGAACUCUCCCGUUUCGAGCCGUCCUCUCCCAGACACACCCCUGGACACUCCUGCCGCAAGGGCACGCUUACGGGGACGAAUGACCAUGGGAGCAAAACAAGCAAGUCUCUGAGGAGCAGAUAGCUCUUCUGUUUUUGGUUUUGGUUUGGUGUUUUUUUUAAAAGGACUGGAAUAACAGACGGAAAAUAAUGACAACUGGAUAAGUGACAAAACUGCCGGCAAGAUGAACCCCUCCUCUCUGGACUGGUCCAUUCAGAGCACGCUGUCGUCUCUCUUCCCUCCCUUCGAGGCCACCGCUCCCACCGUGCUCAGCCAGCUCUUCCGCACCAUCGAAGAGCGUUUCCAGGGAGACGCGCUGCAGUGCCUGCUGGACUUCCUCAUACCGGCCAAGCACGUCCUGGAGAGCGUGCAGCAGGCGGCCUGCGCUGCUUACUCAGGUGUGGUGUUCCGCCGCGAGGGCUGGCCGCUGUGCCUGCACGACCGCGUGGUGAUCCAGCUUGCGCCCAUCAACCCUCUGCUGCUCCGCCCCGGUGACUUCUACCUGCAGGUGGAGGCGUUCGGAGAACAGGCAGCCCGGAUUGUCCUCAAGAGCCUCCUGGUGCAGGAGGAGGGCCUGGUGGAGCAGGGAAGCUUUGGCUCAUCUCAGGGGAGUCUCGGGGUGGAGGAGACACCCAUCCUGGAGACGUCCUACCCCUGUAUAUUCACCAAGGCCUGGCUUGAGGAGGUCAACGAGGGGAGACAUGGCACGCCACUUCGCAAGUGUGUGCUCUCAUCCGACCAGGGAGUGGUGAAAGUGCCCUGGGCCGAGAUCGCCAAGCCCGAGUUUCUAGACCGCCCCAAGAGCGGAAUCCCGAGCAUGUCCUCGCCCCUGACGGGCAUGGUGCUGCAGGACAUCCAGACGGAGGCGUCCUCGUCGGAGGCCCAGUCAUCCGUCCAAACCGAUCUUUCGUCGCUAACCAUGGAGACUGUUAUCCUUCCGGCCAAAGAUGGGAUUGCCGUCUCUCUGCGCCUCACCGGCGGCAACUCCAAACUCGUCAAAGUGGACCAAGGAAUGCCCGUCAGCAAUCUGUCUGGUAAGCCAGUAGGCUGGGUGUCGCCCAACACUUGGGACACCAGGCUCAAUCGGGAGAUUGAGGGUGAGUAUGUGGACCUGGUGGAGUUCAACAAGGAGAAGGAAGCCCUUGCUCUCAAUAAGCCCAUCACGCCCAUGGUCCCCGUCCAAGGCCUCAAGCCAGUCAGACCUGCCCCUCCCGUCCCAAAACGGGACCGUCCUCCCCCAGGGGGCCCCAAAAAGCUAUCGGUGGACCUGUGUACGCCCUGCAGCAAAGCAGUACCACUUACCCUAGACCUAGAGUCCAAGAACAGGCACCGUGAGUCGUACCUGGCUGCCUUAAUGAACCCUGUUAAUUUUGGGAGAAGUUUGCCACCUCUGGAAGAGACAUGGACCGACACGGAGGAGCUGGACCUCAGCGCUGGAGGGUGUGGGGCCUGUCCAGGACAAACGCCUGAAGCCUGCCAGCCAGGCUACUCCUCUCAGACCACCCCUGAAGGGGCGAGUUCACAGAAGCCCAGACAGUCAGGGCCAACUGGGCAGCCAUGUUGUACAGCAGACUGUGGGAGUCACCCAAAGAACACAGGGCCCCCUCCUCAGUCUCUGCAGCACUGCCACGAGCCAGAGUCCAGCAGAGGUCGGGGCGAACUUCAAAAAGGACAUAACGGCCAGAAAUUCCCCAGAACCCAAAUGUUACGCAAACUUGGGCAGCAGUGCAAGCCAUCUCCCGACACGGGCCUGGCCUGCCAGGGGUCCCCUGAGUUGGAGGAAGAGCGGCAGCAGCAGCAGACCCCCCUGGUGCCUCAGGACCCAUGUCAAGCAAAACAACAUAAAGCACCAGUUCAAAGCCAGACCCCACACCAGGCUGCCGGGCCACAAACUGUGCCCCCCACCAAGAGUCCACUGCACUCCUCGCCAGGAGCUGCAGGCCACCACCCAAACAGCCUUGGCGAGGUUACGCAGGGCGCUCCAGAGCACCUGGUCCAGGCAGAGGUCCUGAAGCUCUGGGGCAAGGGCAGGGCCAAGCAGCACUCCCUGUCGUCCGUGUCGGACUCGGCCCGAGAGUGCCUGCAGGCCCAGAGGAUGCCCGGGAGGAGCCUGAGUGAUGUCUGUCCUGAGGUCAUCCCGACCGUCCGUGUCAUCCACAACAAGAAGACCACAGCCUUUGGGUUGGUGUCCCCGAAAAUGGACAGGAAACCCCUGUCCAAACAGUCCAAAAAAGAUGUGUACCAGUCUGGCAUGGCUGAGCCCAGCACCCCUCAGACACCUGCUGGAGGACUUGACUGGAAGCUCCAGAAACCCCCUGCUGACCAGCAGCCUGCAGCCCAGGGGAAGCACACUGUUCCUGGGUCCAGGGCCUCAGCGAGUCCCCUCUUUAAGCCGUUCGCUCCUGACAGCAUCACUCUCCUGCCUCUGGGCAUCGCCUGUUUGCCAGGAAGCAGAGACCGCGCGGGCCGGGCAGUGCUGGAGGUCUAUGGGGACAGGAAGGGCUGGACGUGCCCUCUGGUGACCUCUGUGGAGCUCUGCAAACUGCUGCUCUACCUGCACUCCAUCCCCAGGAAGGAAGUGCGGGACUUAGGGCUGACUCUGGUGGUUGAUGCCCGGAGGGUUCCUCCUCCUCCUGUGCUCUACAAAUCCCUACUCAUGAUACAGGAGCAGGCUCUGCAUGCGGUGCAUGGCGUGGUGGUGCUGGUGGAUAAGGAGCUGCACUCGCGCCCAGAGAGGCACACAGGGCUGCAGAUGGACAUUAUCACCUCCCUGAAAGCUCUGCAUAAGAUUGUUGAUGGACAGCAGCUGACAUCUGACCUGGGCGGGACUUUCCUCUUCAACCACAUUGAUUGGCUGCAUAUCCACCAGAAAAUGGCUGUCUUCACGACUGACCUUCAAGGGGCAGCUUCACUCCUCCAGAAGGCCAUCAAGAAGUUAGACAGUGUCAGGAGGAUGGACACUGUUAAGGAUGUGAAGAUGUGCAUAGAAGAGCAUCGGAGCUCAAUGAAAGAGGUACUGGAAGACACACGAUUGGUCACUUUACAGAGGGAGGGAGGGGCCAUCCUCGCCAGAAUGAGGAAGGAGGAAUUUCGAUUCGCCCAAUCGGAAGACUACAGACAUGCCAUGGAGGCCUUGAGGAGCCUGUACAACCAGGUGGAGGAGAAGGUGCACACGCUGGUCAUGAGGUCCAACCAGUCCCUGCAGCACCUGGACUACCUGCUCCAGCUGAGGACCAUGGAGGACAAGAUCACCUUGAUCAGGGAGUGGUUUGCCACAGAGGAACAGUCCUGGCUGAAAGAGUUGAAUUCCGCCGAGGGUACACUAGACACUGUGGAGCAGAAGCUGAAACACCUCAACUCCUUCCUCAGUCUGGCCAAGGAGAGGAAGGUUCAAGCCGAGGUGCUGGUGCAAGAAGCUGAGAAGAUCCAAGGGGCCUCGUACCCCGAAGCCGAGGUUUUCCGCGCCCUGGUUAACACUUUUAAAACCCACCUGGCCGAGAGCCUGUCGCGGGCUGAGCGCUCUCAGUCCGAGCUGGAAACAUCAGCCCGCCUGUACAGGUUCUGUGAACAGGCUAUGUCUUUGGCAACGGAGUGUGGGCAGUAUCUGGAGCAUGUGGGAAGUGGGUGCUACCCACACAGGGCCAACACAGGCACCCUGAGGGCCUUUGAAGAGAGAUUUAGAAGCUUUUCCCCCGACCGCUUCCAGGAGGCCAAGGCCGACGCUCUGGCUCUGAGAGGACCGGGGGGGCUGAGGGUGUGGGGCGCAGCCUGGGCUCAUUGCCAGGACGUCAGGGGGAGGCUGCAGAGGAGGUUGCAGGCCUCUGACGAGGGCCAGGUGUCUCCGAGAGGAGCUGAACGGCCAGGGGUGGUGGAGACCGCGUCUUCGACUCACUGCCCAAGCGUAGCAGCAGCAGUGGAUACUCCCACCCUUGAAUACAAAGAGUCUGACCGAAGAGGAGCCUCGAUGCCCUUUGCCGACAGCCGAGACAGCCGUGCCAGGCAGAGCGAGGAGGCCACGGUUACCUGUUUUAACCUCCACUUAAAACCUGAGGGGAAAGGGAAGGGAGGGGGGAGCCACAAACUCAGCGACAAGGACAUCAAGGCUCCUCAGUCCCCUACAAACACAGAUAAUCAGGCCAACCCUCCCCUGACAUGUCAAGCAGAGACCGCUGAGACACCACAAGCACCGACAUGUCAAGCAGAGACCACUGAGACACCACAAGCGCUGCCAUGUCAAGCAGAGACCAUUAAGACACCACCAGCGCUGCCAUGUCAAGCAGAGACCACUGAGACACCCCAAGCACUGACAUGUCAAGCAGAGACCACUAAGACACCACCAGCAGUCCCCUCCAGGCCAACCAAAGCAUUGGCCGACUUCAUGGCGCUCCAAAAUGAAAUUGAGCAAAAAAUCUCAACUCUUCCACCGCUCACAGCCGCAGAGACUCAAACUCACAUCGCUGGGGCCGCGGCAGGCAAAACCUCCGGAAACGCGCCCCUCGCCACCACCAGGUGGUGGAGAGGCCCCCGGGAGCACCACAGUCACAGUGAGGACGACCUCCGGAGGAUAGACGAGCCAGCCGAAUGCCCGCCGUGCCACCGCGCUCUGGGCCGCUCGCACAGCGAGGGCUCGUGCGUGAGCGCGGCGCAGUGCUCCUCGUGCCACACCGACGUCGCGUCCACCCGCGGCAUUUUCGGCAGCUGCCACCACCUCAGCCACUCAUCCCAGCUGACCCCCCACAGACGCAGGGGGUCCGAGGAGGCCCAGGCCUCGGCAAGCCCCAUCUCAGACAUGGGCUCCAGGCUUCAGACUCCCAGGCCUGCAGGCGAAGCACAGGCUGAGGAGAGCAGCAACAACAUCCUGAAGCUACAGCGCAUCAUGGAGGAGCUUCUGCUGACGGAACGGGAGUACGUGCGGGCGCUCGGCUACGUCAUGGAGCACUACUUUCCUCAGCUGGAGCGGGCCGACGUGCCGCAGGACCUGCGUGGCCAGCGCGGCUCCAUUUUCGGCAACCUGGAGAAGCUGCGUGACUUCCACCAGCACCACUUCCUGCAGGAGCUGGAGCUGUGCCUGCGCGAACCCUUCCGCGUGGGCCGCUGUUUCCUCCAGCACAAAGAAAACUUCAGCCUCUACGCCUUGUACAGCAAGAACAAACCUCGUUCAGACAAUCUCCUGAAGCAUCACGGCCACUUCUUCAAGCAGAAGCAGCUGGAGCUGGGAGAUAAGAUGGAUCUGUCCUCGUAUCUUCUGAAGCCGGUGCAGCGCAUCAGCAAGUACAGCCUGCUGCUGCAGGACAUGGUGCGCGAGUGUGGCACGGGGCCCACCAGGGGCCGCGAGCGCACGGAGAUCCAGGCAGCGCUCGAGGUCAUCCAGUUUCAGCUUCGCCAUGGCAACAACCUCCUGGCCAUGGACGACAUCCAAGAGUGUGAUGUGAAUUUGAAGGAGCAGGGGCAGCUGAUUCGUCAGGAUGAGUUCCUGGUGUCCUUCCGGAAGAAGAAGUGUUACCGCCACAUUUUCCUCUUCCAGGACCUCAUUCUCUUCAGUAAGACCAAGAAGACUGAGGUCGGAAAUGAUGUCUACGUUUACAAACAGUCUUUCAAGACAUCAGACAUCGGAAUGACCCAUAACUGUGGUGACAGUGGCCUGUGUUUUGAGAUCUGGUUCCGGAGGAGGAAGUCCCAGGACACGUACAUCCUUCAGGCAGCUAGCGCGGAGGUGAAAGUGGGCUGGACCAGGGACCUGGAGAGGAUCCUCUGGGAGCAGGCCAUACACAACCGAGAAAUCCGGAUGCAGGAGAGGGUGUUCAUGGGAAUUGGCUACAAACCUUUCAUGGACAUUCAGCCCAGUGAUGCUGCCAUCAGUGACCGGGCCAUCAACUGCGCCCUCGCUGGAAGAGAAUGCAGGGCGGCUGCUUUUGGGGUACCUGGCUCUCAGGGAAGGUUCCCUGCUCUCAGGCCCACCUCCGUCAGAAGAACUUCAUCCUCUGGCAGCCACUCGUCUUCCUCCUCGUCUUCCUCCGGCCGAGGCUCUAUGUCUCCUGUCGGGUACCUAUGCCCCAUCAACAACCAGCCGGUGGCCGGCCUCUCCCUCUCCCAUCCUGGGGUGCUGGAGGAGGAUGACCUGGAUCAGGAGCAGGGGAACCACCAUGUUUUGGUGGACAGCUCUGAGUCGUCUGGAGAGAGCGUGAGCGGCUUCAGCAGCUCGGGCCACAGCUGCCUGUCGGUAAUUGGCGGCGAGGUGGAGGAGUCUCCCUCCGAGGGGCCUGUCCGGUGUGCGAAGGCCUUGGGGGCGCAGAGGGGGCUCCGGGAGCGGACAGAUGAGCCCGCACUUGCCCCGACACCAGCCAGUCGCACAAGGGAUCAACCACUCAGCAAGAUUAAAGAAGUGAACAUUGCAGGCAAAUCCACUGAAGUGUAACUGACAGGCAUGUAUUAGUUGCAGGAUUCCACAUACACAUUCCACAUCAGAAACAGCCCAGGGAAACACCAGAAUGCCACUCUCAGCAGCAGACGCCAUGAAAAGGGGACAGACUUACCCUUUUGGGGAGAUUUCAUGAAGCACCUGAGUGUGAAAAACAUAGUGGAUCUUCACAUUGAAAUAUACAGCAGGAUUCUUCAGGAUAUAGAACAUAUUUCAGGUGUUCUCACACAGAUUGCAAGGCAUAUUUCAGAAUUUGCUUAAAGAUGUUUCAGUAACGCCAAUAAUAUUAAUGAUUUGUUUAUACUUUUGACUUCCUGUCGAUACCUUAGCUUAAUUUAGAGCUGGACUGACUUCAUGUCUAUAUGUGUGUGUGUGUGCUUGUGUGUGUGUGUGUAUGUGUAUGUAUGUCUGUGUUGUUUUGUGUGUGUGUGAGUUUCUCAGUAUUUUACAUUACACAUUACAUUCUACAUUCAGUAGAAUACAAUGUUCUGGCAUUGUAGACUUUUGUGUCACACAGUUUUUAUAUUGCUCAAACCUUUCUUCCUUUCUUCCCUCUCUUCGUCUCUUUCUCAUACACACUAACGCACGCACGCAUGCACGCAGAUAUGGCUGGCUGUGCCAGUUUCUCUCAUCUCCACUGGUUUGUUGAAUACAUCUAUGGUCCAGUAAAGAAAUGCAAUGCUUACUAAUAUAGGCACAUCUACUGUGAUAUUUUAUGAAAACAGUAUCUAGAUUGUAUGCUAUGUUAGUAAAUGUUAAAAUGUAACUCCAAAAUGGCAGUAGCUAUAGCAGUAAAAAUCUCCUAUACCUGUGACAUGAACUGAAAUACCACCCUUGCUACUUGUUCAAAAUGCAUUAUAAUUAUCUGAUAUUGGGGAGAAAAAAACACUAGUCAUUUAGGUGGAAGAAGUUCUGUUUUAUUUUUUUUUGUCGACCCAGGGUUGUGUUAUUUUUGUCAUAUUGUUUUUAAUGAUCUCUUGUAUUUAUUCAUUUCAUUUUCCUCAUCUGUGCGUCCAAAGGUUUUUCUUCAGAACCAGUGUCAAGUGACAUUAUGAAUGCUACACAGGCGUUGUCAUAGUAACAUCGGCUCUGUCAUAAUAAAGUGGCUUUCAGACUCUA